AUGGAAAAUCAGCACGCCCUGGAUGCUAUUGGCAAAACCUUCCAAGGACGUCAGAUAGAAGAAGUUCACAGCGUCCGACGAGUUUUUGGCCUGAGCCACAGGAACACGAGAUUUGGUUACAUCCACAGCGAAAAAGCGAAUAGUAACCUUGGCAAAAGGGGCGAGGAAAGAGAUAAUCUCAGAAAAGUGUUUUUUGAUGGCGCUUUGGAUUUCUUUGGGCGUGGAGCCAGAUUCUUCGACCGCUACAAAGCCAAUCUCAAAAUGAGGUUUAUAGUUGGAAAAAGAGCCGUUUUUCAAGUUGUUGAGAACAAGAUCGGCCUCAAGCAAAUGAUCGAAGAUCGCCUGCACCAAGAAAAACGGCAAGUCGUUGCGAUGCACGGUGUCCAUGUUGUAGCUCAAGAUGACUUUUGGUUUCAGGUAGUCGAGAAACAUGGAAUUUGUGUUUGCGAAAACGAGGCCAACGGAGUACUCGGGUGCUGUCCGGUCGGCAAAUGUGUCUUCGGACGUUGGGAGAUUGGUCAGAGCCGUAUUGGUCUCGGCACUUUCAUCGUAGGUGGUGAUCAUGGGCCCUGCUUCAAUUGUUCGAGAACGGUCCAACCGACCGAUGUUUUGAGGAAGAUGGUCCACCAAGCUGUAGUGAAACGACACAUUUUCGUUGCGGAGACGGUGGUCUAG